GCAGCAGUUCAAUUGUUGCGCCUGUCGAACUCGCGCGUGUCGUCGGUGAGGAAUGAAUUUGUCGCUGGUCCACGACGCCAUCGACGCGUCGGUCUUCGAGAACCGGUUCUGUUCGGACACUGUCCGGAACCCGUACGCUUACGAGCCCCACGUGUCCUACUAUCCUCAGACCGUAGCUGCCCACAGCUACUACGAAGACCACUAUGUCCGUUACUUCCGAGUCACAGGGUUUUGCAUGGAGUCCAUCUUUGGGUUCAUUUGGAUUUCUGACUUUUGGGAGAUGAGUUUGACGAAACGCAAGCGCGGGUCUGGCUGGAAGUCUUAG